AUGUUUCAUGAGAAGAAAGCAUUUGUUAGAUUUAUGAAAAAGUUGGAUAGAUUUCUCGAGAUUCUUCACGAUGCUUUUACAAUGUUCAUUGCCAAUCAGCAUCAAAUUGAAUGCUGCGAAAUAUUGGAAAUGAAAGAAAUGUCGAUGUCGUUACUUGAUACAUUUUACGUUUUCUUUCAAAAAGAAAUUAAAGAGUGA